GCGGCUUUCAUAAAAAUCGGUCACGCACAAAUGCAAGCACCAACACCACCAACAACAACGUAACCUUAUCUUUCUCUCAGCUGCUCGCUCCUCUGCAAACCCAAAUCCGGACACCAGCCAACCAAUUUAAAUCUAAAACCCUAAUUCCCUUUUAUAAAGGAAAGACACUUCCACCGCCAUGGACUCCAACACCUCUGCAGCGGAAACCGUCUCGCAUCUAUCAGGUUUUUCUUCUGCGCAUCUUUCUAAUGAUACUCAGAGUACUCAUAAUUAUGUGAAAAACAAUGAUUCUGGGCCUUUUAGUAAUGGUCAAUUUACUAGUAACAGUGGUAUUACUGGUGCUUAUAGUGAUGGUGGGUCUGAGGAUGGGGGGUUUGUGAGUGGAGAAGAGGAGUUUGAGACGCCGUCGGAGAAGCCAGUUAUGGCUGAACCAGUUGAUAAAACUGUUAAUAAAACGGUUGAAGGGGAGGAUACUAAUGCUUCGUUUGUGGAUUCUUUGGAAAUUCCAAUGCUCAAUAGUGUUGCUUCAAUUGAGGCCAUGAAUGAUAAUAAUGGUGAUAAUGUUAUAGGAGGUUUGGAAGUUAGGGUUUUCAGUGGGGAGGACCCAUUUGGUGAUGGUGAGGAGGGGUUGAAGGUAAUUUUGGGUGAGGGUCUUGUGAAAAAGAUUGGAAUUGGGAGUGUGGCUUCUGGUGAAAAUGAGGAUUUGGUGGAAACAGGUGCAAGUGAGAAGGGGAAUUCUGCUGAAUUUGUACCUGAGAAGCUUGAGGGUGUUGAGGAGAGGAGUGAGGUUUUUGACAGUGAACAAUUUGUGGAAACAAGGGAACCUAGGGGGGUGGUUGACAAUAGUGCAGAGGGUGUGAAAUUUACGGACACUGGGGACUCUGUUGUCAAUGACAUCAAUCUUGAUACUUUAGAGUCUGAAGCGGCUGUUGUUGCUAUUGGUGAUGUGAAGGAAUUUAAGGAUAUUGAAAUUGAAGAGUUGGAGUUCCCAGUUAAUGGUAGUGUGGGCUUGGAAAAUGGAUUUGAUGAGAUAGACCAUUUUGUUGAAGAACCUGUGGAAUUGAAGCCAGUGGAAGAAGUAGUAAGCAGUAAUAACAUUGAAGUCACAGAGGUUCUGCCUGGUGGAAAUAAAAUUGAUUCUGUUGUUGUUGCAAAACAUGACAAUUCAGAUAUUGGCAACGUUACUGUUGAUAUUGAGGACAAAGAAAUUACAACAAUUGAACCAAAAGCUGAUUCAGGAACCAAACAGAUUGAGAUUGAAGCUGUGAGCAUUGCUGAUAUGUUGGAACAUGAGGCUGAACAUUCUAAAAAUGAUCAGAUAAUUUUGAGUGCCAAUAGUGACACAUUGGAAAAUGGGAUAUCAGGCAAAUCAGGAUCACCUGAAUCUUCAGAAAAGAGCACAAGUUUGAAUGUACAAGUUUCUUUGGAAGCUGAAGAUGAUGAAAACCAUUAUCCUGACAAAGAGUAUGAGAUUGAAGGCUCAGUUACCGAUGGAGAAACUGAAGGCAUGAUAUCUGGAAGCUCAGAAGUAGCCAAACAAUUCCUGGACGAGUUGGAACAAGCAUCAGGUGUUGGUUCUCAUUCAGGUGCAGAGAGUUCUCAUGAUAUUUCACAGAUAAUUGACGGUCAAAUUGUCUCUGACUCGGAUGAAGAAGUAGACACCGAUGAGGAAGGGGAGGGGAAGGAGUUAUUUGAUUCUGCUGCAUUGACAGCUCUGUUGAAAGCAGCUACAGGUGCUGAUGCGGAUGGCAGUGGCAUAACCAUAACCUCUCAAGAUGGAUCAAAGCUUUUCUCUGUUGAGCGUCCGGCUGGUUUGGGGACCUCACUCCGUACUUUGAGACCUGCUUCUCGACCAAACCACAGUAACCUUUUUGUGCCUUCCAGUCUUACAACUGGGGGAGAGACUGAGCCAAAGAAUUUGAGUGAAGAAGAGAAAAAGAAAUUGGAGAAGUUACAACAAUUAAGGGUGAAAUUUUUGAGGCUUGUCAAAAGACUAGGUCAGUCUCCGGAAGAUUCUAUAGCAGCGCAAGUACUGUACCGGUUGUCACUUGUUGCUGGGAGGCAAACUGGACAAUUAUUUAACCUUGAUGCUGCAAAGAGAACUGCCAUGCAGCUUGAAGCAGAGGGGAAAGAUGAUUUAGACAUCUCCUUGAACAUACUGGUUCUUGGAAAAGCUGGUGUGGGCAAGAGUGCUACGAUAAAUUCUAUUUUUGGUGAGGAAAAGACUUUGAUUGAUGCAUUUGAACCUGGUACAACUUCUGUGAAAGAGAUAGUUGGAACAGUAGAUGGAGUUAAGAUCAGGGUCAUUGAUACUCCAGGUUUGAAAUCUUCUGGUAUGGAGCAAGGUGCCAAUAGAAAGGUUUUAUCUUCUAUAAAAAAGUUUACAAAGAAGUGUUCCCCAGAUAUUGUCCUCUAUGUGGAUCGACUGGAUAGCCAGACCAGGGAUCUUAAUGAUCUGCCAUUGUUAAGGACAAUCAGUAAUGCACUUGGUUCCUCAACUUGGCGAAGUGCUAUUGUCACUUUGACCCAUGCUGCUUCUGCACCUCCGGAUGGGCCAUCGGGAUCCCCUUUGAGUUAUGAAGUUUUUGUUGCCCAACGUUCUCAUGUUGUUCAGCAAUCCAUUGGGCAGGCUGUUGGUGAUUUGCGUCUGAUGAACCCAAGUUUGAUGAACCCAGUUACUCUUGUUGAGAAUCAUCCAGCGUGUCGAAAGAACAGAGAUGGACAAAAGGUGCUUCCUAAUGGUCAAACUUGGAGACCUCAGUUACUGCUGUUAUGCUAUUCGAUGAAGAUCUUAUCUGAAGCUAGUUCUCUUUCAAAAUCUCAAGAUACUUUAGACCAUCGGAAACUCUUUGGCUUUCGUGUCCGUUCGCCUCCUCUCCCAUACUUGUUGUCUUGGCUGUUGCAGUCUCGUACACACCCAAAACUCCCCACUGAUCAGGGUGGUGACAUUGGUGAUUCUGAUAUUGACUUGGCUGACUUGUCUGAUUCUGAUCAAGAAGAAGAUGAGGAUGAAUACAAUCAGCUCCCACCAUUCAAACCUCUCAGGAAAGCUCAGAUUGCCAAGCUUAGCAAGGAGCAAAGGAAGGCAUACUUUGAGGAGUAUGAUUAUCGGGUGAAACUCCUACAGAAAAAGCAGUGGAAAGAGGAGUUGAGAAGAAUGAGAGAGAUGAAGAAGAAAGGAAAAAUUGCUGCUGAUGAUUACGGGAAUAUUGGAGAAGAUGUUGAUCAGGAAAAUGGAAGUCCAGCUGCCGUGCCAGUCCCAUUACCUGAUAUGGUCUUGCCACCUUCCUUUGAUGGUGAUAACCCAGCUUACAGGUACAGGUUCUUGGAGCCAACAUCACAGUUCUUGGCGAGGCCAGUUCUGGACACCCAUGGUUGGGACCAUGAUUGUGGAUAUGAUGGUGUUAACAUUGAACAAAGUUUGGCCAUUGCUAGUCAGUUUCCGGUAGCAGUUACUGUUCAAGUCACAAAGGAUAAGAAAGAGUUCAACAUUCAUUUGGAUUCAUCUGUUUCUGCUAAGCAUGGGGAGGAUGGAUCAAGUAUGAUGGGCUUUGACAUCCAGAAUGUUGGGAAGCAACUUGCUUAUAUUGUCAGGGGGGAGACCAAAUUCAAAAAUUUCAAAAAGAAUAAGACAGGUGCAGGAAUAUCUGUUACAUUCUUAGGUGAAAAUGUUGCCACUGGAGUCAAACUUGAGGAUCAGAUUGCAAUUGGAAAACGCUUAAUAUUGGUGGGUAGUACUGGGACUGUCCGAUCUAAGGGUGAUUCUGCAUAUGGAGCCAAUUUGGAAGUUCGGCUCAGGGAGGCUGAUUUUCCAAUAGGCCAAGAUCAAUCAUCACUGGGUUUGUCAUUAGUGAAGUGGAGAGGCGACUUGGCAUUGGGGGCCAACCUUCAAUCUCAAUUUUCAGUUGGGCGAGGUUCUAAGGUAGCUGUCCGUGCGGGAUUGAACAACAAACUCAGUGGGCAAAUAACAGUUCGAACUAGCACAUCAGAUCAUCUUCAGAUAGCACUUCUGGGCAUUGUUCCAGUUGUGAUGACAAUUUUUAAAAGCCUCCGACCUGGCCAUAGUGAGAAUUACUCUAUGUACUAGAUCCUCUGUUUUGUUGCUGUGUUUAGACUACACUGAAGGGGACACAAUAAAUUAGAUUUAUCUCAUUAGCGGAUGUUAGUCGUCGUUGAAAUUUCUGAAUAAUGCUUCUUUGUUUUGGUAGAACCAUUACGUUAUAAUGGGGUUCGUAUUAUUUUGCAUACCGGAUUGCAAGGAAAUUUGCAUGAUUCAAUUUUCUUUUUCAAAAUAAGAAAACAUGUUCUUUAUCAA